CGCCCUGGGCGCGUGCCAGCUGAGUCCUCCCCCAGAAACACGGGAUAUGGGCGGCUUUUUGCUGCCCUUUAGUAGGUGUCUGCGGUGGUCCCUGCGCCCUUCGAGUUUACCACGCUCUCUGGACUGGCUUGCAUGCAAGACCGAGAGCGAGCGAGAGCAGAGGCAGGGGGGGAGUUGUUUCAACACUUUCUUACCGUAAGAGGGAGUUGGGACCCGGAGUUUUUCCAGUUAAUCACACAACAAAACUUGGCUGAUCGCAAUAAAAAGCAGCUCGGCUCACCCUGUCUCCGCUAUUGACCGGCUAGGCAUCUCCUCUUCAUCUCCUUUGGCAACCUUUGGGGUAGUGCAAAAAAAGCCACAAACCACCCAUGUGGACCAACCAGAUUUUGCUACUCGGACUCAUUCUUCAGUCCAUCAUCACCAUCCCUUUGGCAGAAGCCAAAGGGAAAAGAAACCCCCUUCAUGACUACAGAAAGACAGCUGAUACUAUAAUAGCGAGAACAGACAAGACACUGAAAGUGAAGACCAAGCUGCUAAACUCCACGGAACAGUGUGCUAAGAGAUGCAACAGAAGUAAAGGACUUUCAUUCUCUUGCAAGGCUUUUGCAUUUGAUAAAACUACCAAACGCUGCCAUUGGUUAUCCUUUACUACCCUAGAAAAUGGAGUGAAGAGCAGGCAAGACAACGCAUUUGACCUGUAUGAAAAGAAAGACUAUGUUAGAAAUUGUAUCAUUGGUAAAGGAGCAAGUUAUAAGGGAGCCAUAUCAGUCACAAAAAGUGGCAUCCAGUGUCAGGCAUGGAAUUCCACAAUACCUCAUGAACACAGCUUUUUGCCUUCGAGCUAUCGAGGUAAAGAUCUUCGGGAAAACUACUGCCGAAAUCCCCGAGGAGAAGAAGGUGGGCCCUGGUGUUUUACAAGCAAUCCAACGAUCCGUCAUGAAGUCUGUGACAUUCCCCUGUGUUCAGAAGUUGAAUGCUUGACGUGCAAUGGGGAAGGCUAUAGAGGCCCUAUGGACCACACAGAAACUGGCAAGGAAUGUCAACGCUGGGACCUUCAGAGACCACACGGGCACCCAUUUCGUCCAGAGAGAUAUCCUGACAAAGGCUUUGAUGAUAAUUACUGCCGCAAUCCGGAUGGUAAGCCGAGGCCGUGGUGCUACACUCUUGACCCAAACACCCCCUGGGAGUUUUGCACAAUUAAAAUGUGUGCUCAGAAUGCGAUGAACAAUUCUUCAGCAGCCACUGAAACGACAGAGUGUGUCAGAGGACAAGGAGAGGGCUACCGUGGUACUGUGAGCAACAUAUGGAAUGGGAUUGAGUGUCAGCGUUGGGACUCCCAGACUCCCCAUCAACACAACUUCACACCACCGAACUUUAAAUGCAAGGACUUAAGAGAGAACUACUGCCGUAAUCCAGAUGGAGCUGAGGCGCCCUGGUGUUUUACUACCAACCCAAACAUUCGUAUUGGGUAUUGCUUUCAAAUACCAAAAUGCGAUGCGCCAAGCGAGCAAGUUUGCUAUCGAGGGAAUGGGACGAAUUAUAUGGGGAAUUUGGCCCAGACACGCUUUGGCUUAACAUGUUCUUUGUGGAAUAAAAACAUUCAAGACUUACGGAGGCAUCUACCAAUAUACAGAGAACCAGAUAUCAGCAAGUUGAAGAAAAAUUAUUGUCGUAAUCCAGAUGAUGAUGUUCAUGGUCCUUGGUGCUACACAAGUGAUCCUCGCAUUCCCUGGGACUAUUGCCCUGUAUUUAGAUGUGAAGAUGACACAGUUCCUAUGAUGAGCAGUUUAGACUCUCCUGUCAUUUCAUGUGCCUCAACAAAACACCUGAGAGUUGUUAAUGGAAUCCCAACUCAACCUGACAAAGGAUGGAUGGUUAGUUUGAAGGACAGCAGAGGCAGGCACUUCUGCGGAGGUUCAUUAAUAAAAGAAGACUGGGUCCUGACAGCAAAGCAGUGCUUUCCUUCCUGGAACAAUCUCAAAGACUGUCAAGCAUGGCUUGGAAUCCAUAAUGUUGAAAGAGCACAUGAAGAGAAGCAUAAGCAAGUUCUGAAUAUCUCCCAGCUGGUAUAUGGCCCUAAAGGAUCAGAUCUAGUAUUGCUGAAGCUUUCCAGGCCAGCAGUAAGCAGUGAUGCUGUGGCUAUCAUCAGGUUGCCCAUUUCUGGAUGUACCAUUCCAGAAGGCACUACUUGCACUGUUUAUGGAUGGGGACAUACAGGAAAUGCAGCCUUUGAUGGGCGACUUCGAGAAGCAAACAUGAUCAUCAUGGGACAUGAGCGCUGCAAUCAGGAUUUUGGAGCAAAUGUAGCCAUGAAAGAAUCAGAAAUGUGUGCCAGGGCUGAGAGCAUUGGCAGUGGAACUUGUGAGCGGGAUUAUGGUGGUCCAUUGGUCUGUGAGCAAAACAAAAUUAAACUAGUAGUGGGAGUGAUCAUUCCUGGGCGUGGAUGUGCAAUUCGCAGACGACCUGGGAUUUUUGUCAGGGUGGCCUUCUAUUCCAAAUGGAUACAUAAAAUCUUAAUGACAUACAGAUCAUAGCUGAACGCUCCAGUACAGAAAACAAAUUCCAGUUGUGGGAACAUUUUGGAAAGUAUGAAAUCAAAGUGUAAUGGAAAGAUCAUUAAUUCUUUAAACAAACAGCAAAAAUCAAGUACUGCUUGUGAUGGAAUCUGAAAAACAAAGAAAGGGGAACAGAACGAUAUUUGGCAAAGAAUUUGUGCUUCAUAUAUUCCUAUGGAUAUUGCUUGUUGGUACCCGUGGUACUUUACCAUGCAAGUGUUACAGUUACAGCACUCAUGCUACGAAGGACACUGUCAAGGAAUUAUGUAAUGACUUUAGUAACAUUUCUCUUCUAUUAUACCUGGACAACUGUUGGGAAGUUCAUCACCUGAACAAGCAGUUUUCCUCAUGGAGCAAACUCCAAAGUAGGUUUUGAUUAUCUAUGUUGUUUCCUUACAUGUGCAUAAUUUUUAUAUUUGCAUUGUAUCUGUGCUAUUUGAUUAUUGUGCUAAAACCUUCAUUGAGUUCAAAAUGUGCAGAGCAACUUAAGACAGAUCUCAACAUUACAAGAAACAUGAAGUAUCUACCCAAAAAUGGCAGCCUAUGUCUAUUCCCUCCUGCCCCUCAGCAACAUAGAAUACAACUUACUCCAUGUCCUGAUGUCACUGCACUGUGUGUUAAAUGAUGUCAGGGCAUGGGUGAGUAGAACAAGAUGUUACUAAUGAAGAAAGUGGAACUCAGCACAGUUUCAGUGGGCAGCCCUAUGCUUUUUGGAACAUCUACUUACAUCUUUAGUCCUUUAAUCUGUGCCUGUUAGCACCCCGUUAAAAAUGCAAUGGGAAUAUUGACAUGAACAGACAGUGGAAAAAUAGGGCAGAUAAAUUUUUGUUCGAGGUCAAAAUCUUGAUUCAUUGCUUGAAAUGAAUAGAUGUGUUUUGUGUGUGGAAUUUGGUUUGAAAGAUGCAGAAGAUGAAUAGUUUAAUAUGAGUUUUUUAAAAAAAAUAAAUAAAUGGAUGUUUUAAUUUAUUGUUGUAUUGGUUUUACCAUACACAUGCCUUCAGGUGAUGCUUAGGAAGCAGAGGUUUUUUUUUAAUUUGUUUUUACCUUAGUGGGAUUGUAUUGUCCUUUCUAAAAUAUAUAUAAAAAGAUUAUGGGUCAAGUCAUCCCCUGAGAAAUCAGUAGGUUUCAGUUUAUUUGAUUUAUGAUGAUACAUUAUGCCAUAUUAAAAGUGCUCUUUCUUUUCCAUGUUUACUGGUAUAUUAUUAAUUUGUUAGUAUUGGCCUGCUGAUGAAAAGAACCAUGUAAUUUUCUUAAACUCAUUAUUGAGAGUAUCACUUCAGUUUUACAGUGCUGUAAAUGGAACACAGUUUAAUUUUUUCUUCAAUAUUUUCCUGUAUAAAUAGAUGCGGCCAGUUGAUGUUGAUGCUACUACCACUUGGAAAUCUGUUUAACACUAUGGCUCUGACUUUACAAUAAUUAUGUAACUAAGGGCAUCAUCACUAGCCAUUAAAGUUGGUAUUUUUGU